UGAUAAUGCAUAGAAUUUAUUUGUUGUGGGAUUGUGCAUUUUUACAGGUAUAUCUAAUGGUUUUUGAUUAGUUAUAUUACCUUUUCACCUGUGAAGUUUUUUAUUUUCUUGUUUUGUAGCCUGUUUCUGGAGCAGUACAGAUUACAGAAAUCCUUUGUUCCCAAUUGUGAAGGAAAACCGGAAUUAUAUUAUGGAAGGAGAAAACCAAACAGUUCUGUUUGAGUUUAUCAUCUUGGGAUUCUCCAACUUAAAAGAGUUACAAUUUUUACUUUUCACCAUCUUCCUUGUAACUUAUAUCUGUACUUUGGGAGGAAAUAGCUUCAUAAUUUUGGAAACCAUGACUAAUCUGCACCUGCACACGCCUAUGUAUUUUUUUCUGGAAAACUUAGCUUUUCUUGACAUCUGCUACACCACCACCAAUGUUCCCCAGAUGAUGGCGCAUCUUCUGUCCGAGAAAAAAAGCAUUUCCUAUUUAGGUUGCAUGGCUCAACUUUUUGCAUUUAUUUUUUUUGUGGGAUCAGAGUCCCUGCUCCUGGCAGCAAUGGCGUAUGAUCACUAUAUUGCAAUCUGUAAGCCCUUAAGGUAUUCAGUUAUUAUGAACAAGGUUCUGUAUAGCCAGUUAGCAGCCUCCUGCUGGUCUGGUGGUUUCCUCAAUUCAACGGUGCACACAGUACUGACAUUCCGACUGCCCUUCUGUGGCAACAAUCAGAUUAAUUAUUUCUUCUGUGAUAUACCUCCUUUGUUGGUCUUGUCUUGCGGGGACACUUCUGUCAAUGAAUUGGCACUACUAUCCAUUGGGGUGGUCAUUGGUUGGACUCCUUUCCUGUGUAUUGUCCUUUCCUACCUCUAUAUUAUCUCCACCAUCUUGAGGAUCCGAUCCUCCAAGGGGAGACAAAAGGCCUUUUCCACCUGUGCCUCCCACCUGACCAUUGUCCUUCUCUAUUAUGGCAGCGCCAUCUUCACAUAUGGACGACCCAUCUCAACAUAUUCACUGGAAAAAGACAGGCUGAUCUCAGUAUUGUAUAGUAUUGUUACCCCCAUGCUAAAUCCUAUAAUCUACUCCUGGAGGAAUAAAGAUAUUCAAGAGGCUAUGCAAGUUAUGGGGAGAAAGUGGAAGGCUUCAAGCUCCCUCUCUUUUGAUGUGUAAGUUUUUCUUUUCUAAGAAGAUGACAUUACAAAACUGGCCAUUUUACUUAUAGAGCUGAUUUUGGCUAAUUACUCUCAAACAAAAGUAAAAGUCAAUGCAAAUUUUCACAUCCAGCACUUUCAGAAACACUCUCGCU